AUGAAGAGGAAUUCCUAUUAAAAAUUCACACAAAAGUCGAAAACAAGAAGAGAGAUAAUCAAUUAUAGAAAUCAAGGCUUCUCUAAUGUAAAAAUAGCAAGAAUUAUGAGUCAUAAAUUUAAUUCAAAGAUAAGUCCAAAGACAAUAGAGAGCAUCAAAAGAGUCAAAAGAAAUUCAAAAUAUGCAGAAUAUAGAUAAAUUACCAAAUCAUCUAUUCUUUCUUAUAUUCUAGAAUUUAAAACCCAUUUUUUUUAUUCCACAGAAUAAACUUAAAUGAGAAAAGAGGUUUCAGAACUUGUUUUAAACCAGUUUCCUUAACCUUUCUCUCGUUUCUCUAAGAGAACUCACUAGAAGGUAGUAGAUGGAGUCAUCAAAAAGGUUGGGUCAAUCUGCAAUAACACAUCAUCAAAAUUGCCAUCAAAUAAUUUAGAAUUCAAUCUCUUCUUCUAUGACACCCAAUCAGAAGAGUAAGAGAUGUAAUCAAUAUCCUAAUACAUAUUAACCCAGGAGAGUUAUCCUUCAUUUUUAGAAGAAUAACAAUUAUGCUGGUGA